GUACUCCGUGCCAGUUACUAGGUAGACAAGGUUCCAAGAUGUUCAUUUGUGGUUUUGUUUUAGUACUUUGUGUUUUUAAUGUAGAUGCCAUUGUGCAAAAUGUUAGUUGCCCUGUGGUUACUCCAAUGGAACUGGAUUGGAAAGAAUUAGAUGGAAAAUGGUAUCUAGCAGCCGUUGCCACCGACAAGCCAGUACAAGGCGACUGUGCCAUGGUUCUUUUCAGCCACAAAUAUGACAAUUCCACAGAUCUUUCAAUCAGUUGGAUUGACAAUAAUACUGUCAGCUUUUAUAAUGGAUCCGUUAAUCUGAGUGUAGACCCUUACAGUAAUGAUACUAUUGAUGGAGAUGUUCUUAUUGUUACAUAUACAGACGCAACAGUGGAGACAUACUCUUUCUUGACUGUAGACUACGAGCACUACGCCUUGAUGUUCACCUGUACCAAUAACGACGACAACAGCAGUAAUUAUGAAGUGUGGGAACUUACUAGAUCACCACACGCCAAGCCCAAACACGUGUCGAAGAUUUUCAACGCGCUGGCAUCCUACGGCCUCGAAGACACGGUCUUCAUGACCUUCAACAACACUGACGUCACCUGCAACGUUAAUGGCGGAACAGGCAUUAACCUUUCAUCGUUAAUUUUUUAUUCUGUUGCUACUUUGACUGUUUUUAGGAGACUUUAUUAACCAAUAAGAGAUUUGUAAGCUGCUUAUAUUAUGGAUAGAAAUCUAUAAUUAUCAUUUCAUCAAAAUUAAUAACGAACAGAUUUAUAUACGUCUCAGUCCGCUGGUGAAGGUGCUUUAUCGCCGCCUUUGACUUACUUUAACUUCGUUACGUUACUUCCACUACAGUAUAAUAAGACAACUAUUGUAACUCCAUACAAACGUAGCAGCGAUGCUUGUAUGUGUGCAUAUCUUCAACACGCUGACAAACGCACACAUUCUUAUAAUCUCGCGGUGCACUCGCAUUGCAUAGCGCGCGUCGUUGUACGCUCCAUUCAUUAUAAAAUUUCGAUCGGUGUAGACGUUUUAACUACAAUAAUUCUUUGGUGUCAAGUAUUGAUUUGGUCAGAGUAUGCCCAUAAAAGGAUGUCAGCUAAUAGAUAUGGACUCCAUUAUAUGGAUAAUAUCUGAGUUUUCAUGAACUUUUGAGUUAUCUUAGGUGACUCUACACGUGAUAAUACAACUUCCUUAUAUGAUAUAUUCAAUUCGUGGUUCUAUUUUCUUUGUCCAAUAAAGGCACAAUAAGAAGACUUGACAAUUUCUACAGAAGUGAUUUGGAAUUAGUUCUUUGGGAAUAUCAUGGCGAAGAAUCCUUCUCGAAGCAAUAAUCUCCAUUUCCUUGUUUAGAUACUAUUUAUACACUUCUGGACAUAUAAUUCGAGCCACCUCGCAUUUUCAGUAGUAAAUGCCCUAAACUUGAACAAUGUUUGAUUGAUCAAAAACUAUUAAGCAAUUUUGAAACUAGUAUACUAAACAAAAUUGCGAGGUGGUUCGUAUUAUGAGUCCGGAAGUAUAUUAUCAACAUUCACUUAGUUAUGCAUGAAUAAAGCGCCUGACGGUAUUAUCCGACAUGGCAAGUUGUCCAUCGCGAUCGUCAAGCACGCAUGCCAUAGUAAAAUACUGCCCUUCUAGUGUUUAUCUCUUUCUCUCGUAUGUGAAAUCGACCAUCUUGUGUACAAUUUUAAUUAUGAGAAUUUAUGUGGCAGGUUAACUUGAUUGAAAUCGAGUUAUGAGAGAGGACAGAAACAAGGAUUGUCUCGUGAAAGUUGCAAUAAUGCUAUAAGAUGAUAAAAUCUACUAGGCACUGUAAGUGUCACACGUGUAUUGGUACUAUAUACCUUUUUUUUUUGUUGAAAAAAAUAAAGGCGGUGGGAAUUUGUGAUAGUUUUUGAAAAUUUAUGUUAAAUUUCUUUGGUUAUUUUUGUGAUAAUCAUUGGAGAGCGAGGAAUAAUUAUGUCGGUAAUUUAUGUAGACUAAAAAUACUCGACUUUCUGUUAGCUUUUUUUUGCACAG